AUGGCCGGACUCGGCCGCCUUCAGCUGGCUGCUUCGCUGCUCAAACAACGCAGUUUCGGCCCCCGCGCCUACGGAUCAGCCGCCGCGGCUCAGCUGGACUAUUACUCCGAAGACGAAGAAGAAGAAGAGCGUCGGGAGCUGAUGGCGAAUCGGACGGCGGUGCUGGACUCCGCCGGGUGGGUCCCACGGAGAGGGAUACACUGGGUGCUGAUCGGAGAUCGAAGUGCGAAGAAGCACAUGUACGCCGAUAGGCUCUCGAAGCUUCUGGAAGUUCCGCACAUUUCUAUGGGCUCCCUCGUCCGCCAGGAGCUCAAUCCUCGCUCUUCUCUCUACAAGAAGAUUGCGAAUGCGGUGAAUGAAGGGAAGCUUGUUGAGGAUGAAGUGAUAUUCGCAUUGUUGUCGAAGAGGCUUGAAGAAGGAUAUUACAGAGGUGAAAAUGGAUUCAUUCUUGAUGGGAUUCCUCGAACUAGAAUCCAAGCAGAGUUGGUUGACCAAAUUGCGGAAAUUGAUCUAGUAGUGAACUUCAAAUCAGCUGAGGACAACUCGGUGAAGAAGAAUCUAGGAACUGGAAGCUUGGCUUUUAGUCAAGAUUAUCUAAGGAUGAGUAACUCUAUGCAUGAUGUUAAUCUGCAGGAUGAACAACUGAAAUCCGCAAAGACUGAGCAGAGCAAAUUGUUGGAGGAUUACUACAGAAAACAGAACAGACUCAUCGACUUUCACAUGAAAGCUGCCCCGGCGGAAACCUGGAAGGGGCUGCUGGCUGCAUUGCAUCUGCAGCAUAUAAAUGCCGUCAGUUCUUCCCAGAAGCUAAGUGCUUGAUUGGGUUGCAUCUGACUGUUUUUUGACCCCAUUUUCUUUAGUAUUUCGGCAAUAUAGUAUAUAUGUGAUAUGUGAGUGCGAUUUAGGGAGUUGAUUUGAAGUUUCAAGUAUUGAAUCUUCCAAGUCAGUUUUGAGAAUUUUUUGAUGUUGAAGGUGCAAGUGUUCAGGUUGCGUUUGUAAUGUAGUGAGAAAUGAAACUGAGAAGAAACUGGUCUGUUUCAAGGCCUGUUGAAAUCGAUUGUAUCACAUAAAGAAAUCAUUUGUGCUCUGUUUUUUGGUCAUG